AUGGAAGUAGAUGAAAAGUACAAAAUAAAAAAGGAGCUAUUGCUUCUGGCUCGCCAGGUGUUUACUGAUCGGAGCGAGGCGGGUUUGCUCACGCGCUGCUACCGUCGCUGUGAACCAGCUUCACAACUUUAUCCUUAUCCUCUUUUCCUCAAGUCCAUCAAAUCCGGCAAGGGAACAGCGUGCCCCAGAGGCCGAGGCGAGGCGGCGCACCGGAGGAGCCUAGAGAGCCGGACCAGCAGCGCGCUCUUUCUAGGAGCUGGAUCUGCAGUCCCCAGCUGCUGCUGCCCUGUCAGGAAAGGGCCGCCAUGGCGCUCACUCAGGAGGGCCACUCUCCGCCGCGCUCCUCCCAGCGACGUGCAACGCGCGAAGCAUACCCCGGUCCGCCUCCUCCUCUUACAUACUCCCGGCGACGCCAAAAAUCGAGAGGCCGGAGAGGCCACUCUCCAUCAUGUAAUUCUCCAGGAACUAGACUGGCCUCUGAUCGACAAAAUCGAUAGAAAGGUCGACAAAGCUAACACGGAGCUAAGAAAGACCAACGUCAGGCUUAAAGAGACAGUCAACCAGGCGAGAGGAGUUGGCUCUCUUAGAUCAAUAAUGAAGAACUUUCACUCUUUUGUUCUGCCGUUGACAAAUAAAUAUGGGUCUUGUGCAGUUUCAACAACCAACUUCACAGUUGAUAUCAUACUGAUCUGCAUCAUUCUUGGCAUUGGUGCAUGGAAAUCCAUAGAACUUCGGCACGGCCAUUACAAUUCUUGUCAAUGCUCACCGGAGCUUGAUGUUUAAGUAUAUAUUUUGGAGCUGGCGUUGUGCCACGAGGUAGAUGAGCUAGUAGAUCUCCUUCUGCUUACUAGUACUUGGCUACAUGCAAUUCAUAUUGAGCCCUCAUAUUAGAAGGAUCCUGGAAGGAUAUGCGUGUGCUGCAUGCUGCUUGGUGUAGUUUUCUCUUUCAUGCUUAAUUCGCCCAGUUGGCCA